AUGGGCCAGAAAAUCUCAGGGAGCAUAAAGUCUGUGGAUGUGAGGGAGCCCCCUUAUAGACCUGUUAAGCGAGAGCUGAGAGGCCCGGAUUUCUGCAAGCCGGCACGCCUGGACAUGCUGUUGGAUAUGCCCCCUGCCAAGCUGGAGGUCCAGUAUAAACAUGCUUGGAACAAUGAAGAUCGCUCCUUAAAUAUAUUUGUAAAGGAAGAUGAUAAACUGACCUUUCACAGACACCCCGUUGCCCAAAGCACAGAUUGCAUCCGGGGCAAGGUCGGCUACACGAGGGGCCUCCAUGUCUGGCAGAUCCACUGGCCCACGAGGCAGCGGGGAACUCAUGCUGUGGUGGGUGUCUCCACGGCCGAAGCUCCACUGCACUCGGUGGGAUACACGUCGUUGGUUGGUAGCAACAGUGAAUCGUGGGGCUGGGAUCUGGGACGCAACAAACUCUACCAUAAUUGUAAAAACCAGCCUGGGGUCACGUAUCCUGUCUUUUUGGAACCGGAUGAGUCUUUUGUUCUCCCAGACUCCUUACUGGUGGUUUUGGAUAUGGAUGAAGGGACACUUAGCUUCAUGGUAGAUGGACAGUAUCUUGGAGUGGCCUUCAGGGGACUAAAAGGGAAAAAACUUUAUCCCAUAGUCAGUGCAGUUUGGGGGCACUGUGAAAUUACGAUGAGAUACAUCAACGGACUUGACC